UCCAGCCCCCGAGUCAGUAAGCGGCCGAAUAAGGCAUUUGGCCUGAGGCUGGCAUGUUCAGCAUAAAAACCUCGCCGCGGAAAGCGCCCGGGACGGCGUGUCAUUCGGUACCGAUGAGAAUAAAGGAGAGCCCCGGCCAAGGCUGCGGGACGCCGUCCAAAGAGGCUGAUCGUGUGCGGGGUUCCUAUGAAGUAAAGCACGGAAUGUUACAUAUGCGGUGACAUUGCGUGUUUGCGUGUGGUCAGGCGUUCGGUAGGUUCCGUUCCGGUCCGGCCCGGUCCGGCGAUUAGAAAACUUUCCGUAAAGUAGCCCGACCGCAUGAUUACUUGACUAACGUUAAUCUUACAAUUUACAGAGCCGCGCUUAAAUUGUAUCUGUCGUUUGCCAAAUUGGGAUUAUUUUAGUCUGCCUUGGAUGUUUUCCUGUUUCUGCUAGUUGUCACUGUGAUUUGUUAAAAUGGUUGUGGUGCGACAACAGAAUCGAUUAAAUUCAGUGAAUCCUUGAGAAACACAAGUAGGGAUCUGGGCUAACUAGGAAGUUAGCGAAGUUAUGGUGCUAAGAUCAUGAAGCUCGUCUAGCAGAAAAUACAGAUACGCGGUUGCUGGCUACUGAGAUAAAGGUGACAUUGACGCUGGUCGACAGAAUUAACUGUGUAUUGGUCAAGUUUGCCGAAAUAGCACCAGUGCGACUUCUUCAUAAUAUUUAUUAGGUUAUACUAAAAUGAGAUUUGUGAAAUGUGUAAUUGACGUUUAAUGUUUAUGUUGUGUUAAACGGACAUUCAAAACAGAUGAAUAGUGAAUUAAGUCUCCACAAAGCUGAGAUUCAUUCAAAGGAUAAGGCUUCUGCAAGCAGGCCUUUCUAAUAUUAAAUCCGCACUAAGCUAAUGAAGCGUAUAAUAAUGUGUUAGAUUUCACAGGGUAUUCUUAGAUGUAAGUUUUAUGUGAGUAUGUCGUAUUUAUAGGGGUUGCCAACUUUAGUCAGCUGGCUGACGUGAGAUUUUCAAGUCUGCAUAUAAAUACACAAAUACAUAUAUAUGCAAGAGUUUUCUUAGCUUGGACAUAGUCUGUAUGGUUUUCGAAUUACCCCAAAGCUAUUGAUGUAGCAAAUUUUAGGUCUAUAAUGGAAUAAUAUAGAUUUGCCGUAAGAUUUCUUGUAUGAGCGUGAGUCUGAAAUCGUGUCACGCCAGAUGCAUGGGAGUUGGCAUCCCUGUGUUUUCAUUGGCGUUACUCCGCUUGUGUUUGCGUGAUCCAGUGCUUUAGUAUACUUUAUAUUUACAACCCUUUUGUUAAUCAAAAAAAGGGCGUUACGUGUUAUUACAGUGCAACACCGUCACUGCCAGAGCAGGUGCUGAGAGGGACUGUGAAGUAUCCCGAUGUCAGCAGUAGGCAAUCAUGCCCACUGAUAGAGAGCCUUCAAUAACUGCCAAAUUACUGCACCUCCUCUUUCUCUCUACUUUCUGGGGCAUGCAGAUUUGGGUGACCUUUAUUUCCGGCUUUGUGAUGGGCAACAGUUUGAACAGACACACAUACGGCUUCAUCCAGAGCCGACUGUUUCCAUUUUACCUCCAUAUUGGCUCUGCCUGUGCGUUUUUCAACCUCACCAUAUUUUCCAUGUACCACCCCUAUGAGCUGCUGAAUGAAAAGGACACCUUCCAGCUCAUCAUUUUCUUUGUCUGUGUGACGGUAGCUGCAAUCAAUUCGCAGUGGUUUGGCCAGAUGACUUCCGAAAUGAUGGCAGACAUGCACCUCAUCGAGCAGGCUUGUGGGCUCGGUCAGGACAUCGGGCUGUCCUCCAACCGCGAGGCCUAUGCCAAUCUGUGUGAGUCCGAUCCCAAGUACAAGAAGCUGACCAGCCGACUUUGGCUCUAUCAGAUCCUCUCCUCUCUCUGCAACCUCUGUUGUAUUGUAUGUAAUGGAUAUAGUUUAUAUUAUCUGGCAGAGAAGCUUUCCACGCUGUAGCUUGAGACUGAUUGCCCCCUUUGUCACCCCUCCCAAUUUCAUCCUGGUCUAUGAUCUCCUUCAACAGAAAUUCCAGAAUAUUGUCUAAUCAGUAAUCAGGUGUUACUGAUGCUGAUAUUUUCUGUAAUAAAAGUUUUGAAAUCAUUUGAUAUGUAAUAGUGAUUUUUUUUCUUUAUUAAUAUUGUUUUGGUUGAUUUGGUAAUCUGAUUAAUGGCUGUUUUAGGUUCCAGAAAUUGUCUUUACUGCAGUAUAUCUAGAAAAAAUAGAUAUUUAAUCCAUGUUAAAGGUGCAGAACUUUUAAAAUUACUAGAGCAUAUAUGUCAUUUGGAAGUACAUGUAGAAUUGAAUGUAUCUUUUACUGUAUACUUUCUGUUUUGAGUUUUGUACAGGAUGUCUGAAACAUGAUAACACUGCAAGGGACCGUUAAAUUGGUUGUAGUCUGACUUCCUGAUAUAUACCUGCAAUUUCAUUGUGGUUUGGGAAUCUGAUGUCCAAACAUCCACUAGAUUCUUUGGUAGUCGAAGAGCGCAAAGUUCAGUCACUCCUCUAAUUGUGAUGGUAGUUUAUUCCUACAUGCUUAUACAUGAAGGAGGUUCUGGUACCUUAUGUUAGCUGGCAUCUUCCACCAGUUUUUUUGCAGUGAGUGGUUCUUGCAGUAAAUGUGGGAGGUCAGGUUUUUUUGGUUGUGUUUACGUAGAGAUUCUCAACCUAGGACUAACUGUCCAUUUGUGGCACCCAGAGAAUAAGUCAAUAUUGUUGAGCUUCAGUUGUCCUAGAUAUGGCUGCUAAUUGAAAAACACUGGUUGCCAAAACAGGGGGCAAACUAAUGGUAAUAGAAAAGGCAUCUUUGUAUUAUUAGGUAAAAAUGCAUUAACUAUCAGUACUGUAAAAAAGAUGAAUGAAGUUGAAUUUAUUUUUAUGCACACAUUUUGUAAAAUAAAAACUUGCCAAAGCUAAAAGCUCUAUGUUGCAUAACUGAAAGAAUAUUUCUCGAGUGGCUGUUAUAUAUUGUAUCAACUAAAAUUCUCAGGAUCACUUUUAAGUGAAUUUUUAAGUGAGAAAUGAAGUAUUGAAAAAUCAGAUUAGAUCUACACAGUGUCCUGUGUAUUUGCUGUAAAUACUACUCGCUGUAUGUUUAGUGUAAUUUUCAGCUGUAGUAGUUCAUCUAAUUACAUCAAAAAGUCACAAGCUUAAAGUCACUUUGAAAAGACUGUGUUAGAUCUUAUUCUUAUCAGUUAAACUCUAUGAAGAAAGAGCUGUCAACUUCUCAUGGGAAAUAAUAUACUUAUGUUCACAAGUCUGGUUGUGCUUUGUAAUACCCUGAAUAUAUGUGUAAUUUGGUGUGCAGAUUCAUUCAAAGGAUAAGACUUCUGCAAACAGGCCUUUCUAAUAUUAAAUCCGCACUAAGCUAAUGAAGCGUAUAAUGAUGUGUUACAUUUCACAGGGUAUUCUUAGAUGUAAGUUUUAUGUAAGUAUAUCAUGUUUAUAGGGGUUGCAGCUGAAAUAUGGCUAUUUUAAUGUUAUUUAUGUUGUACUCUGCAUUUUGAAUUUAAAAAAAAAAAAAUAAAAAAUUUAAAGAUGAAUAGCUGUCCCCAUUUAAGGAAUGCAAUGUACUCAGUUUCACAAAAUCUGUUUCAACAACUUUUCUGUACAUUUGUGUAUGUGUGAAUCUAUGUAAAAUCAUAUAAUUAUAGAGUGUUUAAUUUUUUUCCCCUUUCUUACAUGGACUCUAGUAAUGAAAAGACAUUUCUGUUGACCACAUAGCUAGCUGCAAUAUGAGGGCAGGAUAAAUCGCACAGGUCAGUGCUCAGUGUCAGCUUAGUGUUCUGUGCAGUGUUAUGUCAGAUAUUUAACACUUUAUGAAACAAUGAAAAACAAUGUUUGAUUUACAAUUAAAUAUAUGACAUUAAAUAUGCACAAUAAACGUACAUUAAAUACAAAGUAUGGCAUUUGGUAGCACAGAAAUUUGAAUGUCUGUUUUUAAAAUUUACUGCAGAAUUCUUUGUCUGAAUGUACAUAGCCAAUAAUAAGCAAUUCUCUCAUUCAUCAUUCUAAACGUCCACAGCAGCUCCUUGAAAAUACUGUAGAAUUUUGAAUGAAAGGUUAUGGAAUGUUACGUUAAGUUUGUAUUUUUGUGUGUUUGUAUUAUCUGUGUUCUUCAACCCUGUUUUGGGUUUUUGGUCGUGUGUCAUAGGUGGAUGAUUUUUUUUCAUGUAUUACGUUUUUGCUUUGACUUUUGUAUCAAAUAAAAGAACCCGAUUUUCUGGAAA